GAAAAAAGUGGUUAAUAGAAAUUCUUCUUUAGAUGGUGAUAUGAAUUUUUUGAAAUCUUGUGUAAUAAGCUUGGAUGUUUUCUUAGGGAUUAAUAAUAAUAAUAUUAUUAUUAAAAUAUUGACUUAAAACAAACAAUAAGUAGUUCUUAAAUGCGCUAUGAUUAUCUUUUAUAAUGUAUUACAAUAUGUUUGUUGAACCCUUUUUAUUUAUUCAAUAACAACCCUUGUAUCCAUAGUUACAUAGUUAAUACGCUAGGUAUUUUAGUUUAAUAUGUUAUUUAGUUACACAAUAGGGUUUUUUUUUUGUUUUAACAUCGUGUUCAGUAGAAGAGUAUUAAAGUGUAUUAUAGUUAAAAUUUUUUUCAUUAGACCACAGUUCUUAAAUAAAGUCUAAUAAUAUAAAAUAAACACGGACAAAAUUUUUGAAAAUGUUUGCGACACGGGCAUUACAUUAAAUCAAGAAAAAAACACGAGAAAAAGAUGACAGCGUUAAGAAAUACUAGAAAAUAUAAAUUCGACGCAGUAGAAGUGGAAGAAAAAGAACUUGAUAAAAUGGAUGUACCUAUUUCUGUAGUAAAACAAAUUGAAAACAGUGAAUCAGACCUUAUUAACUAUACAGAAGAAGGGUCUCAAUUAGUGGCUAACGUACUUCUAGCAAAUGACAAUCGUGAAAAUAAUCGUAGAGAAACUGACAAAAGUGAAAGAGAUAUUAGAUUGAAAGCAGUUGAAUUGGAAUCUGAAGUAGCUAAUGCUAAAUUUAUGGAAAUUAGCUGUCAAUGGCCUAUAAUAUUAAAAAAAAAUGAUGCAUUGGAAAUACACGAACAUUUAGAACUUCAAAAGAAUAGAGGAAAAUUGGAUCAAGAUGGUACUUCAGAGAGGUCCUUACUCCUUUUUCGAUUUUCUCAAUAG